AAUAUUAAAAUUGAUUGAUUCUGUACGACUCUUUCUCACUUUCAUUGUCUUGGUUUGUCUCUGCGAAAUUUUCGUCUGGGAUAACCCACCGAACAACAACCAUGCUGCGAACUAGUAAAAAUUUAAUUCAGCUGGCUGCUGCGCCUCAGCAGCAACAGCAACGAGGGAUGGCAACUCUAAAGGCCAUUUCGAUGCGAUUAAAGUCAGUGAAAAAUAUUCAAAAAAUUACUCAGUCCAUGAAGAUGGUGUCAGCAGCAAAAUACAGUCGUGCCGAACGUGAUUUAAAACAAUGUCGUCCUCUCGGCGAAGGAACAAAAACCUUCUACGAGCAGGCGGAAAUCCAGCCCCCCGAAGGUGAGCCCAAGAAGCUCGUCGUCGCCGUUACCAGCGAUCGAGGACUUUGUGGUGCAGUGCACACGGGUGUUGCGCGUAAUAUUCGCGAGUCUCUCCUCAACAACCCCACAGAACGAGACAAUACAAUGAUUGUUUGUAUCGGUGAGAAAUCACGUGCCAUUCUCUCCCGACUUUUCGCUAAAAACAUUCUUUUCGUCGCAUCCGAAGUUGGCAGGAAACCACCGACUUUCAACGACGCCGCCAAAGUAGCCAAUGAAAUAAUGAACAGCGGCUACAGUUUCGGCGGUGGUCGGAUUGUUUACAAUAAAUUCAGAUCAGUGGUUUCGUACAAAGUCGAUCACUUACCUCUUUACGACAAGAAUGCGGUAACUACUGCGCCAAAAUUGUCAGUCUACGAUUCCCUAGACGAAGGAGUAAUUCAAAGUUAUCUCGAAUUUUCCUUGGCUUCGUUGCUCUUCUACUCGAUGAAAGAAGGCGCAUGUAGCGAACAAUCCAGCAGAAUGACUGCCAUGGACAAUGCCAGCAAGAACGCAGGAGAAAUGAUUGACAAGCUCACCUUAACAUUCAACCGCACCCGACAAGCCGUCAUUACCAGAGAACUUAUUGAAAUUAUUUCCGGUGCUGCUGCUCUGGAUUAAAAGCAUAAAAUCUCCCUUAAUGUUGAUUAGCGUACCCUAGAGUACAUACAUCGUCGCAAUUGCGAUAUCACCCGAGGCCUCACGGUUGAUAUUCAAUUUCCUAAGAAAAAAAAAUCGAUUCUAUCUUUCUGUUUAAUUCCAGAAACUCUCCCAGAAACAUGAAAAAUUUGCAAAUUAAAAUCACAAACGUGUAUCUAGAUGGAGGCUUGGCGAUCAAUAAAUUUGUUGAAAAACUCUUGGUUAAA